AUAUAAACCCCCCAAAGUUUCAUCUUCUCUCUAUCCCAACUCAAAACUUCCCUCAUCCUUAUUUGUUUCCCUCUUCUCUCACUUAAAUCCAAGAGAGUGAGAGAGUUGGUCUGUACUGAAAACAGAGAGAAGAAAAAUGCAGACGAAGAAGCUCUUUAUCUCCAUACUCUCCUUUCUUCUCUAUGCUCCACUUAUCUUCUCUUCGCCAGUUCCGGACCCAGAAGCCAUCGUCGAAGAAGUUCACAAGAGCAUUAACGCAUCGGUCGCAGCACGGAGGAAGCUAGACUACCUCUCCUGCACCACCGGCAACCCAAUCGACGACUGCUGGCGCUGCGACCCACACUGGGAGUCCCACCGCCACCGCCUCGCCGACUGCGCCAUCGGGUUCGGCAAAAACGCCAUCGGCGGCCGCGACGGUCGCAUCUACGUCGUCACCGACUCAGGCAACGACGACCCGGUGACCCCCAAGCCCGGAACUUUACGCCACGCCGUGGUCCAGGACGAGCCUCUCUGGAUCAUCUUCCAGCGAGACAUGACCAUCCGCCUCAAAGAGGAGCUCAUCAUGAACUCUUUCAAAACCAUCGACGGCCGCGGCGCCUCCGUGCACAUCGCCGGCGGGCCUUGCGUCACGAUCCAGUACGUGACGAACAUCAUCAUCCACGGGGUUCACAUCCACGACUGCAAGCGAGGCGGGAACGCUAUGGUGCGGAGCUCGCCGAGGCAUUACGGGUGGAGAACGGUGUCUGACGGUGACGGUGUGUCGAUCUUCGGAGGGAGUCAUGUUUGGGUUGAUCACUGCUCGUUGUCUAACUGUGAAGAUGGGCUUAUUGAUGCCAUAAUGGGCUCGACGGCGAUUACUUUGUCUAAUAAUUACAUGACGCAUCAUGAUAAGGUUAUGUUGCUUGGGCAUAGUGAUACUUACGCUCGUGACAAGAACAUGCAGAUUACUAUUGCUUUUAAUCAUUUUGGUGAAGGGCUUGUUCAAAGAAUGCCAAGGUGUAGACAUGGGUACUUCCAUGUGGUGAACAAUGACUAUACACAUUGGGAGAUGUAUGCGAUUGGUGGAAGUGCUAAUCCUACUAUCAAUAGUCAAGGGAACAGAUUUGUGGCCCCGAAUAUUAGAUUCAGCAAAGAGGUGACUAAGCAUGAGGAUGCGCCGGAGAGUGAGUGGAAGAGGUGGAACUGGAGAUCAUCAGGUGAUUUGUUGUUAAACGGUGCGUUUUUUACUCCGUCCGGUGGUGCUCAGUCGUCUAGCUAUGCUAAGGCGUCGAGUCUUGGGGCGAAACCGUCUUCUCUUGUUGGACCAUUGACGGUGGGUUCUGGUGCACUGAAUUGCCGCAAGGGUUCUCGUUGCUGAUUGUGGUGGCCUUAAGUGGGUCAGUUAAGUUUUUUUUAGCUUAAUUAGUAUAGAAAAGGCAAUUAAAGCACCAAUUAAGGGAGUUAAGUUAUAACUUUCUGUAGUUCUUAAUUUACUGUCUUUAUGAUUUUACUUCUUUAUGGGGGUAAAAUUAAGGAGAAUACAACCUCUCGCUUUACUGCUCUUUAGGACCCUUGUAAGGAUUCUCUGUUUUAAGGAAUCUAUUAUUAGGAGGUUCAAGUGUAGGAACAAGUGCAGAUGUGUUGAUCUUUGAUAUUAAUAUAAUUUAUGUUUCCUUGUGAA